AUGAAUUUUGAACAGAUUGCUAGCGAGAGCACCAACAGCAGUGCCUCGCAAUUUUGGAAAGCAAUCGCUAUCUGGAUGAGAAAUCCUCAUGUUGUUAAUCGUAGGAUUCUAGGAUCUCGCGAACUAUUAACAAUCAUAGUCAGUUGCAAUGUUCUGGAUAUUUUCAAACGCAUUGAGAAGCUUCAUAUCCAACCUAAUGAUUUCGAGUGUGAUUUAUCUUCAAGAAAUAUAAAAGACUUAUUAGAUACGUUAAAUAUCACAGAAUAUUGUCAAUCAUUUGAAUGUACGGAUCCACUUAAGGUAUUAAAUGAUGAUAAAGUGUAUCUGUGUAUGAAGAAACUUCUGCCUCGCAACACACAGAUAUUCUCGCCUACGCUGGAAUUUAUAUUUAUUGACAAGAAAUCCAUCAGCGUUACUAAUUUCCAUAAACCGAUCAUUUCGGAUAAACAGUCUUUAGGUCCGAAUACACCUUAUAGUAUACAGCAUCACGAAUACGGUUCCACCUGUAUAAAUGUACAUAAAUCGGAUGCUGAUAACUAUGGCAAAAGUUGUGACUGGCUGAGAUUCAAAUUUUUCCCGCGUCUAAUAAAGUGGAUGGAAAGCGAAAAUGAUGGAGCCAAUUCGAAAAUCAGUUCUCUCAGUCUCAUCUCUAUCGAGAAGUACACUUUGUUAUACAAUCGCUUAAAGGAAAAAUAUGGCACGAAAAUGGUGGAAAUAUGGCCAGAGAACACAGAUCCGGCAAAGUUUGUUUAUGAGGAUAUCGCGAUCGCGACAUACCUGUUGCUACUAUGGGAAAAAGAGAGAUUGGAAAAGGAUAUGCAGGAGCUGCAAUCAUUCGUCGAUCUCGGCUGCGGCAAUGGUCUUCUCGUCUACGUCUUGUCUAGCGAGGGUCAUAAAGGAACGGGAAUCGAUUUGCGCAGGAGAAAGAUCUGGGACCUGUUCUCAAAAAGUACUCAUUUGCAAGUCAGCACGAUUGUUCCAUCCGCAGAGACAGUUUUUCCCGGAGUGGACUGGAUCAUAGGGAAUCAUUCGGACGAGCUCACCCCGUGGAUCCCGGUAAUUGCGGCGCGUAGUUCUUACGAGUGCCGAUUCUUCCUGCUGCCGUGCUGCGCCUACGAAUUCGACGGUGCGAAAUAUCGGCGGUGCAACGCCGGCGAGAGUCAAUAUUCAGAGUAUAUGUCUUACGUUAAGAGUGUAUGCGAAGGCUGCGGUUUUCUCACACUAAUGGACAGAUUGCGAAUCCCGUCGACUAAGCGAACUUGUUUCGUCGGAUGGAAGAGGACUUACGCGAGGGAGAACUCCGCGACGCUGGACGCCGACAUUCAGAAAAUGAUAAAUGCGAGAUCGGCAGUUGCCACCUUACCUCUGAAAGAAACCGUAGGAAGCGAAGCGAAGAAUGAUCCGUGGUCUCUAAGCUUUAAACCGAGAAGUUCGACGGAACGAACGCGGAACUGCACGCAAUUAGACAGAGAACUAAUUCUCGAUAUAGUCAACGUAGUCGUAGCACAUCUUUUGCGGGCCAAUCGCAGAAUAUCGCUGGAACGGAGACCCGGUGAAACGUGGAACGCCGGUGGGCAGGUCGGCAUCGGUGAAGUGGCAAAGCUGUUGGCGCCUGAGAUGCUGCGACAACUACGAAACGAGUGCGGAGGAUUGCAAACUUUACUGAAGAAUCAUAAUCAUAUUUUCUGCGUCACUCAAGGAAAAGUGCAAUUUCGGAUUCCCGGCAUUGUUGAUAAAAGGAAGAAAGCUAGGAGGAAAAGGAACAACAGUGAACUAUUGAGAAAAAUUAAGCCUUGUUGGUUUUACAAGAACCAUCCCGAUGGAUGUCCCGCUCUCGAGAUCGACUGUGACUUUCAACAUUGAGUUCCUUCAUUGCUUAUUAUGUUGUAUUUCAUACUCUGGAAUUCUAUUAUUUGAGUGCAAUGAUGCAUUUAACAAUAUAUUUUAUUUUAAAUAAAAAAAGAAAAUAAAUGUCGAUUGUGCACGUCAAAGCUAAAAUGAAAAAAACACAUAUGCGAUGGUCUCACCAGUGUGGAUUAAUAUUAUAAAACUUAACAAUAUAGUGUAAACUAGUUAAACGGGAUAUUAAAUUACAUCUCGAGUAUAUAGAUAUUUUGUUAUAGCAUAAGCGAUAUAUAAUAUAUCUCUCAUUCAUCA